GCCCUGCCAGCCUCUCUACAUCGACAGAGGGUGGGUCGCUGUGUAGUUAGUAUCGUCACAGACAGAUAGGGUAGCUGAUCAGAUCAGUCACACUCGGUCGUCGUGGAACAUCCAGGAGGUGCUCUUCGGCGACUGAGUCGAUGACUGCAGCACAUACCUGACCACACCACACACACACACACACACAACAAUAAGCGUGGAGGCUUUCUCAGGUGGCGACUGCGCAUAUGCGACCAUACUUAUCGUUGUCUGGGGGAUGCUCCUGUACCAUGAAAAGCAAACAGGCACGCAGAGACGAUGUGCAAAGUGUGCGCGUGUGUGUGUGUCGGCAUGGCGCGUACCUUCUUGGUACAGCUGCUGAGCAUGCUCAGAAUCGACAGGCACACAGCAGACACAGUCAGCGCGGGACUCCACGCUGCCAACGCGCCACACACCACACCGUGUCAUACCACCGUGGGGCACCCUGCAUCAACAUAUCCGGUGGUACGCACCUACCUUCAUAGAGUAUCGACAGGCAGAUGUGGCCAUUGGUGUAGAUGUGGGGGUGGACCGGCGGCUUCUCCACAAACAUCACCUCGGGUGACUCCAACGGGUACUUGUCAGGAAACCGAAACCGCAGCUUGAACACCUCUCCUGCACACACAUAGAAGCAAGCCGAACGAUGCGCGCAUCGAAAGCAAGCAUACGGAAGCUGAGUUGUUUUGGUGUGGCGUACCCUCGUAGAGUGUGCUCUCGGCUCCCUCGAUGGUGACCGUCCAUAUCCUCUGCUGCGCGUGGGAGGUGGUGUCGUUGUCCAGCUUCACGUGAGGCACUGUCCCCCCUCUCAGCGCCUCAAACUCCUUCUCAAUGCUGCACCCAACACACACACACACCGAGGCAAGAGUGUAGAUCUCAUUGCGAGUGGGUGCUGGCAGUGUUUUGCUUCCCCUGACCGUUUCUGGAACUUCAUCCUUCGCUCCCACCUCCCUCCGCACAGCGGCGCACACGUCAACGACAGAUCAAUCACUUGCGAUUUCAGCCAGCGCACAACACACCACCUCAGACCCGCUGUCACCCCCAGCGUGUCGUCAUCGCUCCUCUCCACCGCAACCGAGUGG